GCUUCCUUCCUGCUUCGCUCGCGCACGUUGCUCGUUAUGGAGCCGAGCCUCGGCGCCGCUGACACCUCUUGAGUCCCGGAAGCGUCGUCUCUCGUGAUGGAAGACGACCAGGAACUGGAGAGAAAAAUAUCUGGAUUGAAGACCUCAAUGGCUGAAGGCGAGAGGAAGACAGCCCUGGAAAUGGUCCAGGCCGCUGGAACAGAUAGACAGUGUGUGACAUUUGUAUUGCACGAAGAGGACCAUACCCUAGGAAAUUCACUGCGUUACAUGAUCAUGAAGAACCCAGAAGUGGAGUUUUGUGGUUACACUACAACCCAUCCUUCAGAAAGCAAAAUUAAUUUACGCAUUCAGACUCGAGGGGCUCUUCCGGCUGUUGAACCAUUUCAGAGAGGCCUGAAUGAGCUUAUGAAUGUCUGCCAGCACGUGCUUGACAAGUUUGAAGCCAGCAUAAAGGAAUAUAAGAAUCAAAAAGCAAACAGAAAUGAAUCCACGUUCUAGUCAUAGUGGAAGGACUGAUAUUUUCUUCGAGAGCUCGAAAAACACAAGUUUGUGAUCAUGUCAUUACCUUCUGAGAGAGGUGCACAACUGUCCUUUAAUCCAUUGCAGCUUUUGGAAUCCCUACAAGAACCUUGUAUUCUAAUAAAUUACCUCUUUCAUUUAAAUUAA